AAGCGUGCAAGGUUCACAGUCUACGCCAGCCCUUCGUUACAAGAAGGUACUUUCUAUUUUACAUAAUUUUUAUUUAUGUUUUUUUAUAAUGAUUUUUUUUCUUAAUUUUUUUCAAACUUCUUGUAUUGUAGCGUGAUUUACAAACUGGGUGUCUUGCUGGGGUUCCAAAGAUUUGGAUGGCGACUAAGUACAUAGACGGGGAAGGUUGGGUGAGCAAGGCAGCAAAGGAUAACUAUGAAAAGAUGAUGGAGAUACGUGACACUCUGCAGUCACAAUCAUCUACGAGCGCCUCUGCUUCGAGUAUUAUCCCGAGAGAAGAGGAUGACAUUAUUCUUGUUGAGACGAUCUUUGGACGCCGUCGAGGCUAUCAGCCGGGCCAUGGUCGUAGGAUUCACACGAGGGCGAAUUGUGAAGCGGCUGAUGUAUCUCAACCAGCCCAACCACCUCCUACCGCACAAGACAUGCAAGAGGUGAGGGAGCGACUCCGAGCCAUAGAGGAGCACUUGGCUAGGAUUGGUGGAGUCUCGGGAUCUGGAUCUUCUCAGCAAGGUCAUGGUGCCGAUCCUACAACACCUAGUUAAAAACAUUUAUAUUUAUGUAUUUUAAUUUUACUAUGAUAGUUACU